GGAAAAGGCUCUGCUGGCACACAAAGGACUUGUGAUAUCACUGUGAUUUUAUUCCAUUUGCAACCGGAGACUAAAUGACACCAAGCAGAAUCUGCUGUUAGGUUAGAUUACAAGGAUACUUUGAGACACACAAAGACAUGCAGGCUACAUCGUUAGUCUAUUAUUUCCUGCUUGUGUCUCUGUGCCUUGAUUUUUCUCAAAAUGAAACUAGUGCACUUCUCAGGAGGCAAAAGAGAAGAAUGCGCUCCAGAGGACCGAGAAGCUCCUCAGCAGGGCACAGGUCCCCAAGGCAGCCAAGGAUGAAGCUUCCAGCUCCUGUUGCUGGAAUACCCAGCAUACCUCUUAUUAACAUUGAUGACGGUGUUAUGGGAGUAUUUGACUCUCUCGUAGGUUUGGGUGGACAUGAAUCUAGUUACAGUGUCUUACCAGGAAAGAAGGGGCACUGCACAGCUAAUGGGAUGAUUAUGUAUGAUAAAGCUGUCUGGUCUCCCAAGCCCUGUAUUACCUGCCUCUGUUCAAAAGGAGAAGUGAUAUGUGAUACAACCAUGUGCCACCCUCUGAAGUGUCCCAAAACUAUUAUACCUGCAGGAGAAUGCUGCCCAGUUUGUUCUGAUACUGCCUCCUCUUUGGAUUCAAGUAUUAUUUCACUGGAUGACAUAAGUGAGUUUUCUGGUGAUUCUCCAGAACCCAAUGACCCUGACAACGUCAACAUAUUGUCAGCACCUACUCAAACUGAAAAAGAUGAGCUGCUUAGAACAGAAGUGGUGGAGUUUAAAGAGAAAAAGGGUCAUAAAAGGGGUGAAAAGAAAAGAAAAAGGAAAGGUAAAAAAAAUCGACAGAAGCAUAGAGCCUAUCACAGAGAAAAGAAACCUGUCACAAGAAAGGGAGCUGCAGAUGAAGAAAUACAGUAUGGAAGUGAUGAAGAUGAUGGUACUUUUAGAAUGCCAUCUCAUUUCCCAGUUCCUGCUCCACCCAUAGAAUCUCCUCCUUUGCCAUCUGGAUGUUCCACCUCAGACACCACAGUCAGCUGUAUUAAUGCCAAACUUACACAAAUACCACCAAUCUCAGAUCCAGAUCUAACAAGCCUAGACCUUACAGGUAAUAGUAUCACUACUAUCUCAGAUGAAGCAUUCAAUGGGAUACCUAAUUUGGAAUGGAUUGAUCUGAGUAAAAAUAACAUUACCUCUCCUGGCAUAGGUCCACAAGCAUUCAAAAUCCUGAAAAAGCUAAAACGUUUGUAUUUGGAUGGAAAUAUGCUGGUACAUAUUCCUUCUGAAUUGCCAUCAACUUUGGAAGAGAUAAAAAUAAAUGACAACCACCUCCAUGCCAUUGAUGAAGAUGGCUUACAAGAUUUAAAGAACUUGGUUACCCUGGAACUAGAAGGAAAUAAACUUAGUGAAGCAAAUGUCAGUCCUUUGGCCUUUUAUCCUUUGAAAAGUCUCUCUUAUUUGCGACUGGGACGAAAUAAGUUCAGAAUUAUCCCACAAGGUCUUCCCGCCACUCUUGAGGAGUUAUACCUUGAAAAUAACCAAAUCGAAGAAGUGUCAGAAAUUUGCUUUAACCAUACAAGGAACAUAAAUGUCAUUGUGCUAAAGCAUAACAAAUUAGAAGAGCACAGAAUAGCACCUUUGGCUUGGAUAAACCAAGAGAACUUGGAAUCGAUUGAUCUCUCUUAUAACAAGUUAUAUCAUGUUCCCUCCUACCUGCCAAAAUCUUUACUACAUCUGAUACUUAUAGGAAAUCAGAUUGAAAGAAUUCCAGGAUACGUCUUUGGGCACAUGAAGCCAGGGCUGGAGUACCUCUACCUGUCCUUUAACAAACUUACUGAUGAUGGAAUAGAUCCAGUAUCAUUUUUUGGAGCAUAUCACUCUCUGAGAGAGUUGUUUUUGGAUCACAAUGAAUUAAAGUCUGUACCAUUUGGAAUUGACGAAAUGAGAAAAUUACGUUUUUUGAGACUGAACAAUAAUAAAAUAAGGACAGUCCCUCCAGAACGCAUCUGCAGGACUCAUAUCAGUGAUGAUGAUGCUCAUGAGAACAGUGAAGAGGAGGAGAAUGAAGAGUCACGCUUGGAACAUGUUCAUCUUGAAAACAACUAUAUCAAUACAAGACAGCUAUCACCACAUGCAUUUUCAUGCAUAAGAUCCUAUUGUAGUGUUGUUCUUAAACCACAGAAGACCAAAUAA